AAACCCCGUAUAAUCGUUAUUGUAGGGAGGUGCUAGCUAAUAACAUGAGUGUUAAAGUGCAUGUAGCUAGUUUACCUUAUCCCGUCGACUAGUUCGCUUCUAAACAAAAACUUACCAUAAAGAUUUAUUCAGGCAGCUGUCAGUUUCCAUGGCUGCCGUGGUAUGACCGACUCCCAUAAUUCCUCGCUGAAAGCAGGAAGUAGCUAAAUUACAAACUGUUUUGAAGAUGCUUGGAGUAGCUAGCUAUUAGCAAAUAAAGACCUUCAACUACCAAAUAUAUUUAGCUAAACCUAAAUGUCGUUUAAAAGAGAUGGCAAUGAUCAGAGUCAAUUGAAUAUCCUCAAGAAACGGCGUGUUGCAGAUCUCCUGUCCAAUUUCAUUCCAGAGGAUGAGGCAGCCUUGAUGAAAAAUGGAAGAUACACAUGCCUUGUGUGUUCAUACCGCCCUGUUUUUGAUACAGUUGACAUGCUGACAGUACACAGAAAGGGGAAAAGACAUCUCGAAGGGAUGAAGUGGUUUUAUGGAAAGAAAACUCAACUGAAAAAUGAGAUAUCUAAACGAAAACAUGAAAACUAUGUUCAAGCUGAAGAUAGCCAACAGGAACCCUCUAGUUCUGCCCCCCUGUUGACACAGACACGUAAACUCACCCACCACGCCUUAUUGAAGACUGUGCCAUACAACAGUUGUCACAAAAAGACAAGUACAAAGUCUGAAAAAGGAUCAACUAGUUCCAUUCCAGACUGUGACAUCAGCCCCUCCAGCACAAUACUAUCAUCACCACAUCAAAUGUCAGUGGAGAUAAGAGAUACAGACAUCAUGUCCUUACCCAGUUCCAACAGUAAUACAGCAGUCAAUCAGGGAUCGUGUCCAAUCGGGAGCAAUAAUGAAGUGUGUAAGGAGUCUCAGCCAACAGCGAACCAGGAGUCGGAACCUAUGACAGCUCAAAGGAGGAGAGAGAUGGAGCAUUACCUUAAAUUGAAAAGUGCGGGAUGGCUGCAAGACAGGAGUGGCCAGUGGGUAAAGGAUGAGAAUGUGGAGUUUGAUUCAGAUGAAGAGGAACCCUCAUUGCUCCCAUCCUCUCCCCCCACUGACUCAACAGAGGGCUGACCAGAUGAGCAGCAGUGACCAGAUCAACACCACCACCUUCCCACAAUCCCUAAACCUUUCCUCAAACCCUGCCACUGACACAAAGGUCCCGUUUGGACAUACAUCCGUUGACUCAACAGUUAUGAAGUGCACUCUGUUGCGGUAAUGACAACACUAUAAGAGCAGUACUAGAUCAUCUUGAACUGCCUCCAUGCUUCCUUUGUUCCUUUGAACUGCCUCCAUGCUUCCCUAUCUCAGGGAAGAUGCAUUGGUGCUUGAGACAAUGCUUUGAUUGAUUCUCAGCACCCUUUGUGUUAUUCCGUUUGCCCAUUUUAUUUAGGUCCAACACCUCCCCUGUUAAGGCUAUGCUUCUGUGAGUUUACCAUAAAUCAACAGCAUAUAGGACAAUAUUACUGCUAAUCUUGGUAGUGGAGCCACCGGUUAACAUUCUUCAGAAGGUUCUCAUUUGUGAUCACUCUAUAUAUUGGAUAACCUAGAGAAAGGGAGCGUGUGGACUUAACGUGGGUUAGUUUUAAAUGAUGGCGUUAAAGUGUGGCAAAAACUGAGUACCUGAUCAUUAUUUUUGAGCUCAGUGCGUGACUUCCACAAGACGUUUGGAGUGUUUGUUGACAGUUUUGACCUCUUGUGUCGAUGCAGUCUUUGUGUCAUCAAGACUGAUGUUAUGGAGUUAAAUUGUCAAUGCAAUAAGUCAUGUUGAUUCUAUCAUGUUACUUGUACUUUUAGAUGACUAAACAAAACAGUUGUCCUCCAUUGCUAACUAGCCACAAUGUUCAAUGUCUGUUUGAAUAACCCAGAUACAAGGGAGUAAAAUAAAGCACUACUUAACUUAGAACUGUAUACCAGGUCAGUCGCUAAAUGCUUUGCUUGGUACCCUACUUAACUAUAAAUACACAUGCACUUUACUGUGGCUGAAUAAUCAAAGGGGAAUAAAUAACCCCAGGAAUAGCAUCUGGUAUGGCAAUACUGACCUUAAAUCAUUACAAGCCUGAUCCCUGUGCCAAAUGUCACUCUUUAUGGAUGUUGCCGUACCGCUGCAAUCAAGGUUUCAAAACCCAUCUCCCAAUUUAUUCAAAACCUGCUAGGUGACAUUUCUUUACAAGAAAUUAUAAAUGUUACUUAAUAAUCCAAACACAUUGCUUAAUACAGGUAUACAAUGAAUGUGUACAUGGAGAAGGGAGCCACUCCAAUGCUAUGAAAAUCCUCAGAGGUUAGCAGCUGUUUGGUGAAGGCUCACGAGUCUCCUUGGGUGCAUAUGGGUGCCCCCUCCCCUUCAGACCCUUUUAAAAGUUGGUAUAUUCUGGGAAGGGUAACUCAAGCCCAGAGGACUGGGUUACAUUCCCAAUGGGGGGAGUAAAAAUAGGUUUGGGGAUCCGGCAGGCUCAAUGAGGUAUUGAAUUGUUCCAAUUCUCAAGAUCUCGGAGCACACGGUAUACUCUUGUAUCUGCUUGUACCUUGUGUCAGCUCUGAAUUUUGAACCAUGGAAAUUAUGAAUGUUGAAUAUUAUGUAUGUUCACAUGAGGUGAUGAAAUGGCAAAAAUAUCACAUUCAGCCCAUUAAAACAAUUAUUUAAACAUUUUA